GGACGGAGUGGAUGUGGGAGAGGAUGUUUCCACUGGUGGGAGAGUCCAGGACCAGAGGGCGCAGCCUCAGAAUUAAAGGACGUUCCUUCAGGAAGGAGUUGAGGAGGAAUUUCUUUCGUCAGAGGGUGGAGAAUCUGUGGAAUUCUUUGCCACAGAAGGCUGUGGAGGCCAAAUCAGUGGAUAUGUUUUAAGGCAGAGAUAGAUAGAUUCUUGAUUAGUACGGGUGUCCGAGGUUGUGGGGAGAAGGCAGGAGAAUGGGAUUCGGAGGGAGAGAUAGAUCAGCCAUGAUUGAAUGGCGGAGUAGACUCGAUGGGCCGAAUGGCCCAAUUCUGCUCCUAUCACUUAUGACCUAAUGAUAUCAGGAGAGCUACUCAAUCUCAGGAACUAAAGUGCAGAGGGACAGAAGGGAUUAGAACUAAAUAAAAGUUGUCCUUUCAAAAGAUGAGAGUGGAUUUUUUAGUUUUCAGUUUAGCUGAUACUGGCGCAUAGUGGUGCAGCUGUAGAAUCUAUCUAUGUUCUCCAGGGAUGCUACCUGACCCGCUGAGUUACUCCAGCACUUUGUGUCUUUUUUGUUGUUGCAAACCAGCACCUGCGAUUCCCGGUUUCUACCCUGCAGGGGUCCGUGCCACGCAGCGGCAGAGACUCGCGUUCGAUCCUGACCGCAGGUGCUGUCUGCACGGAGUUUGCACGUUCUCCCGCUGAGUUUCUCCAGCACUUUUGUCUACCCUGGUUUGUUACUUGUGGGCGGAGCACCAAGGCAAAUUCCUUGUAUGUGAAUACUUGGCCAAUAAACUUACUUACUUACUUAUUUACUUAGGUGUACAUGGAGGUGUACAUGUAAAUCAUCCCUAGAUGCUGUUAGUGUGCGGGGAUCGCUGGUCGGCGCGGACUCGGUGGGCCGAAGGGCCUGUUUCUGCGCGCUGUCUCUCUAAAAACUAACCUGAACUAAACUAAAGAUAGACACAAAUAGCUGGAGUAACUCAGCAGGACUGGCAGCAUCUCUGAAGUAAACUACAAGGUGGUAAGAUCAAAGCCACCUUUCUACACGGUAAGAAUUAGCGACUCAAUUAGAGGCAAACAUGACAUUGUCAGCAGUGUGUUUAUUCUUGUCCGUUUUUACUUUUAAUCCCUAGGGCUGAAUCAAAAACAUAAUCUGAAUUGAAGAUGUCUCAUUGCACUAAACUCUCCAGUCACUGGAAGAUCGUGAUUUGGGAUGAGGAGUGUUUCCAGGGCCGGCGGCAUGAAUACACCGCGGAGUGCUACAACACCAUGGAGUUUGGAUUCGAGACCGUGCGCUCCAUGAAGGUGGAGAGCGGAGCCUGGGUGGGGUACGAGCACUCGGGCUUCCAGGGCCAGCAGUUUGUGUUGGAGAGAGGGGAGUACCCUCGAUGGGAGAGCUGGAGUGGCAGCAAUUCAUACCACACCGAGCGGCUGACCUCCUUCAGGCCCAUCGCCUGUGCGAAUCACCGGGAGUGCAGGAUGACCAUGUUCGAGAGGGAUAACUUCCUGGGCAGGAAGGGGGAACUGAGUGAUGACUAUCCCUCCCUCCAGGCCAUGGGCUGGUGCAACAAUGAAGUGGGAUCCUUCCGUGUCCACUCAGGCGCGUGGGUUUGUUACCAGUACCCCGGCUACCGUGGCUUCCAGUUCAUCAUGGAGUGUGACCGUCAUGGCGGGGAGUACAAGCACUGGCGAGAGUGGGGGUCCCACGCCCACACCUUCCAGAUCCAAUCCAUCCGCAGGGUCCAACAGUAGCGAAGACCACCCCCACCACCUGGCUACAUUUUAACCUUCAAUGCAACAGGAAGACGACAAAACAAAUAAAGUUUCCUUUGUU